UUUCAUAUUAAUAUUCGAAAGCAAACCUCUUUAUUGGUAUAAUUAAUUAUACCGUAUAUUUAUUUAUGAUUUAUUUUUUAAUAUAAAGUUUUAAGAUUUCAUGAUCUCUUACACAAUAUGUAUACAGGAUAUAGGUUCUUAAUAGUAAUAUUUCUGAAAAUUACUCAAACAACACUGUAUGUCAAAGUUGAGUUGUUUCUAAUCAAAAGCAGACAUUUUCGUUUGCCAGAGACGCUGAAGCUGUGUUUGUGUACUGUUCCAGCAAACAGCAGCUUUUGAACACGACCACCCUAAUGCCGCUCAGUCACCACCGAAUUGCGAGCGCACGAAAGCUUUUUACGCGACGCUCCAAGUCCACGAAAAUAUCACUCCAUCGCAGUGGACGCAUUCAGUUGUCUGAAAUACGAUUCGCCAAUCAGAUAGCUAUCGCCUUCAGAUACGGACGUUCAACAAAAGUGCCGCUAACGCGAAAUCUCAAAUUCACACAAUUUUUGUUUUAAUUCAAAUCUUGCAACAAGAUAUAAAGAAUAAAAGACGAUGCACAAUCCAGACUAUGUGCCGGCGACGAAUAGUUGCAAUGCGACUACCAGCAUUUGUGGCGGUCACCUGCCACUCCCAACAGCGACGAGAACGGAAUUUCAGCCGGUCUAUGUGCGCUUCUCCAACAAACAACAAGCGCCUGAACAGCGCAAGUUAGCUGAGCUUUUUGCGCAAAAAGUCGCCGCCAAAGAGUUCUUUUACGGCAUCGAGCUAACGGCGCGUUCUUAUGGCAAGCAACAAACACUGCUGGACUAUAAUGGCUUUGGCGCGCUGCUGCCGCUCUUCACCUCGCUCGUGUGGUUGGGUCAGGACUAUGCUAAUAUUGAGAAUAUCAGCGCCGUGGAUGCAAUCAAUUUGGGCCACCAACUACAAGAACAUGUGGUGGUGAUGCCACAUUUCACUUGCUAUCGCGCCGACUCCCGGCGACUCGACGACUUUUUAACACUGAAUUUCACGAACGUUUUGGCGGUGCGCGGUGAUCAAGUGGCGCCGCAACAACAAUUUCAGCAUGCAAAAGACUUGGUCGAGUACAUACGCAGCAAACGCGGCGACACAAUAUCCAUAGGUGUUGGUGGACAUCCUGAAGGACAUCCGGAAUCUAAAUCAAUGACGGAAGACAUGCAGUACCUCAAAGAGAAGGUGGAUGCCGGCGCCGACUUUAUCAUAACACAAAUUUGCUUCUCCCCCGACUCUAUUAUAAGGUUUGUGCAGAAAUGCCGCGAUAAUGGCAUCACGGUGCCGAUCAUUGUCGGCAUUAUUGUGCCGGAUAACAUGCGGAUCUUGCAGUUCAUAAUAAAUUUCGUGAAGGCGGUGAUUCCCGAAGAGCAGUUGAGUAAAUAUAAGGAAUUGGAGGACGACCACAAAGCGUUUAAAACGUUUGCGGUGGAAAAGGCGGUGCACACUGUGCAAAUGUUGUUGAACAGUAAUUUGGAUAUUUAUGGCUUUCAAUUUUUUACCAUGAAUCGUAUGAAAAAUGUCCAGGAAGUGAUUCAACAAAUACUUAGUCUGAAUCAGACACAAAGUAUAUAACUAAUUUAAGUUUGUUGUAUUAGCACAAUUCAAAGAAUUUCAAAGAAGACUGUAAAUAGUAAAUUACAAAUAUAGUAAUUUUUAUACUCUUGUAACAUGUUGCUGCAGAAUAUAAUAGUUUAUUUCACCUAACAGUGAAAUCAAGAUAGAUAAGUUUUAAGUAUAUUUGUAUAUGUAUAAAUGAUCAGGAUGUAAGUUGAGUAAAAAUUAAGAUAUCAUAAUGAAAUUUGAUGCACGUGCUCUUUGGCAAAAAAGAAAGGACGAGUUAGUGGAUGGGCAUAAUCGGAACACUGCCACGCCCAUAAAAUAAUAACCAAAUUUGGUCAGGACAAAUUUCUUAACCUUUCUUUCACUUUCCAGUGUACAAACAAGCACUAUUUAUUACAUCGAGAUAAAAAUUUGCAUGAAUAUUUCCUUUAAGGUAUGCCACCUCAGGUCUAAACGAUGUCAAAAUCAGACCAUAACUAUUCAAGCCCACAGAUACCGGAAAUGUGGCCCCAGAGCCUAUGGCUGACUUUGUGCCGAAAAUAUCGGCCAAUCUGUGUGAUACAUAAUUGAGAUGUUGUGCAAAUGUUUGUUUUGAGGCAAAAAUAAGUUCAAUCGAAUCAAUACUUUCCUUAGCCCCCAUAUACCAUAUAUAAAGAUUUUCGAACUUCCAGUUGACACGUAUCGGCCAAUGUGCUAGUUAUUUUAAUGCUUUGAGAAACCGUGUUUUUCCAAUAACAGUGUAUCUUUGUAUUUGAAAUGGAUAAAAUCGGCUGAAAACUUGUCUUAGGCCCCAUAUAUCUAAUGUUCAGGAUUUUAAAACGUCCGGCUGACUUUACUCCAUAUAUAUGUUUAUAUUUAUAUAUUUAAAAAAUUGCUUGAAAAUAAGUUCUUAAUGUCAAAAGUGAAUGCAAUCAGCCCUUUCAUUUCUAUGCCCUCAAUUAUUUUAGUAUAUAUAGGUAUAUAUCGCUGAUGGGAAGUAAAAUAUAGUAAUAAAACUAAGUGAGUCUUUGACUUUCAAUAUAAGUUAUUUAGAUACCAAAUUUGAUUGUAAUCCAUUUACCAUUUCGUCGAACAAUGUAGUUGAACCGUUUCACUCGAUUUAUUAAUAUAAAGAUUUGCUAGCAGCUGAAGGAACUUCCCCGACUUUGAUCCUUGCAAGUUGCAAGAGCCCCAAGAUCUGAACUUAGCGCUUCCUUACUUGCUAUAUAAGUAGUUAAACUGAACUAAUCGAGAUAUAUAUAGAGUUAUAUAUAUCAAAAUGACGAGACGAUUUCGAAUCUCUGUAUGUGUGUCUCUCCGAGCAAGCAAUAACUUUAGUUGGAACUCGUUAGACGCUUUUCUCUUGGCACUACUCGCAAAAGAAGAUUAGAAGGUUGGUAUUGCAGAUGGGCGGAAUCGGAUCCAUUAUUCUGAUAUUCUUAUGUUACAUUGUAAAAAGUGUAAAUUCGACUGCAAUCACGCCUACAUCCCAUAUAUCAGAACUUUAAACCAUAACUUUUCAAUCGGUAAUUUGUUUUCUUUUUCUUAUAAUAAUGUGCUCUCAUGUCAAAAAUGGGUAAAAUGACGUCAAUAGACCCUAGGUUGCGGUGCAAAACCUCAUAUUAAUCUAUCUACAUUUGGAGAAAUCUUUAGGGAAUACCUUUUUCUGGUAAUAAUCUGUUUAUGUGACGAAUGAUCAAAAUCAGGUCAAUAUGUUACUUCUCCGAUCGAUUCAUGAGUUAUUCCAGUUUCCUUAUUUUAUUUAUAUAUAAUUAUUUUCGUUAUUCUACCAGACCUUAGAUCAAGUAUAUCGGUCAAUGUGUGAGUUAUCUUCAUAAACAUAUUUUCUAGUAUAUUUGAGUAAUACAUAAAAUAAACGCAAUCAGUAUAGAUCAUCCCCUAACCUUAUCCAAUAUCGGUUCUUUACUUGACUUUUAUCCAUUUAUAUUGGACCCUAUGUGUGAUAUUAUAAUGAAAUUAAGUGGAGAAGUUUUCUUAAAAAUGAUAUGGUUUAGCGCUGAAAAUAAAUGAAAUAAGUCUGAACUUGGCUUAAGCCCCAUAUCCCUAUUUGAAUGAUUUCCGAUUCUUUAAUUGCCCUUUUCCCAAUCUAUCCAAUAUGAUAUACGUAAAUUUAGGAACCGUUUUAUAUCACAUAUAUCUAAUACAGUUUUGCCAACCCCUAAAAGUAUUUUCCGGUUAGGGCUUUGAAAAUUGUGACAGUAUAAAAUGUGGUGUAAAAUAUCUAAAGGGUGACCGCAACUUGCAAAAAUUUUAUAAAGAAUUUAGAUAAACCACACAUAAUCCUUAGAUAAGUAGGCAUUUUUUCUAUAUAUUUCCUAUGGUUUUGACACAAGUUCUAUAAGAUUGUUUAUUAUCAUUAUUUCAAACAGGUGGUUUCAGCAAAUUUCUUUUGCAGUCGUUGAGUAUUGUCCACAUUAAUAAAUAAACUGUAUUUCAUCAACUCCAAGUAUGGUUAGAUAAUUUGAAUUCUAGAACUCAUUAUUGAAAUUGUAUUAAUUAAUUAAAAUAUAAUAAAAGAAAUUACGUCAAAUUGA